AGGGUCAUCCUCACGAGUCUAGUUACCUUGUCGAGGGUAUAUCGAGGCACAACAGGUUUACUAGCGAGAUCUCGCAUCUAUUCGAACGACUGGACACGCUCCAUCACUGAGACGUAUUCAUUUCGUCUUCGUCAUUUGCGCCGCACUGAAUUUGGUCGAAUGCGAAAGUUCUCGACAAGCCCCUCACAACUAUGUCGUCUCAAACCGCAGCACAGGCCAAUCCAAGGAAGCAGCAAGAACUGCAAAAUCAGUACACUGUCUACAAGAACACACUGCAGCAGAUUGCACAGAAGAUCGGUGAUGUAGAGCAGGAGGCUGAGGAACACAAGCUGGUUCUUGAAACCCUGCAGCCGUUGUCAGGAGACCGCAAGGCAUUCCGUCUUAUCAACGGUGUUUUGAUGGAACAGACGGUUCAAGAUGUUAUGCCUGCGCUCAAGACUAAUUCCGAGGGCCUGAAGAAGGUCCUCGAAGACCUUGUGAAGCAGUACAAAACGAAACAAGAUGAGUUGGAGAAAUGGAAGAAGAAGCACAAUAUUCAAGUCGUCCAGUCGUGAGAUUAGGCCGAUUACCUGUGCGUUUAAGAGACUAAUUGCCUGGGAGGUAACUUUUGUACGAGCGCAAAGUCACAGACACAACUUUUAUCAAUACCAACGGCUAUGUAGCUUUUCACCGUGGUAUUCCAUCGCUGAGACAGAUCGGGUAUGCUACAGCGGAUUUGACCACCGCGUUAUAUGAUCUCGGCAUGGCAAGGAGAUGCGGUAGCGAGCCUGCGGCGAUAUCAUGUUGCUGCCCACGUGCUAUGCAUUUGUUUCAGCAAAAGACUCGAAAUCCAGAUCUUUCGUUUCAAA